AUGCAGAAUAUGAAAUAUUUGCUACCUAUUAAUAUUCGCAAAGUACAGAAUAGUGUUGCUGGAUCCAAAAUUGAUCAAAGUCUUUUUUUCUUCAACAACGUUGUUCUAGUUGAGAGUAACAAAAGUAACAUUCUUCCAGAUCUUUGUCAGUCGAAUCCUUGCCGUAAUGGGGGCACAUGUGAAACAACAUCUUCAGGUUAUGUCUGCCGAUGUCCUCGCCCAUUUAAUGGCAAGAACUGUCGCAAAGUGAAUGAUCCAUGUAAGAAAAACCCAUGCAAAAAUGGAGACUGUAUUAUUCUGCCCAAUGCACCAUAUUAUAAAUGCAAAUGUAGACAUCCAUAUGUACCACCAUUAUGUAAAAGAGCAACCACACCAUGCAGUCCCAAUCCAUGUAAAAAUGGAGCAACGUGUCGAGCUGGGAAGAAAAGAGGAUCCUUCACUUGCAACUGCCCAGGAUCAUUCCAAGGGGAGCUGUGUGAAAUAGUGCCAAAUGAUUGUUACCAUGGUAAUGGUUUAUCAUAUAGAGGCCUAGUGAAACAAACUGAACGAGGGAAGGCAUGUCUGCACUGGAGCUCAAACUUGCUGCUCAAGGAAGCCGUGGGUACCCAUAUGGAGAAUCCCAACAAAUACGGAAUUGGUGAUCACAAUUAUUGCAGAAAUCCUGAUGGUGAUGAUAAACCUUGGUGCUAUUUUCGGGAGAAACGUGAUAAAUUAAAUUGGGAUCAUUGCGCUAUUUCUCCCUGCCCUACAGCCCAUAAGACACCACCCCAACGAGAACCUACAGCCAAAUCUGUGACCCGGUCACCUGCCUCUGCUUCCUCUGUUGUGCGCUUUCAGUGUGGAGUACCAGAGGUUGCAGUAAACUUAGGCAAAAUCCUUGGUGGAAAAAGGACAGUACCAGGAAAAUAUCCAUGGCAGGUAUCUCUGCAGCUGAAAAAUCGCAUUGGACUUUAUAAACCAGGACAUGUGUGUGGAGGAACAUUGAUUAAAACAUGUUGGGUUCUCACUGCUGCCCACUGCAUUGUCUCACAGGCACAGCCUAGAGAUUUCCGCCUACAGCUUGGCAAACAAGACCUUCAAAGAGAUGAAUGGCAUGAACAGAACUUUGACGUUGAAAAUAUAAUUGUCCAUGAAAAUUAUCAUGAGAGCUCUGUGGGAUUAUACAAUGAUAUUGCUUUGGUGAAGAUCAAACAAGUCAACAAUCACUGUGCCAAAGAAACAAAGUAUGUAAAAACUGCCUGCUUACCAGAGGCUGAUUUCCAGCCCGGUACUGAAUGUCACAUUUCAGGAUGGGGUCAGACGGAGACAGAAGCAUCAUCCAAUCAGUUAUUGCAUACAAACGUGAGGCUGAUAUCUGACCAGCGAUGCAGGGACACUCGCUCCUACGGAAAUGCUCUCAAUGACAGCAUGUUUUGUGCAGGAAACCUGGAUGGCAGCGUGGAUUCAUGUCAGGGUGAUUCUGGAGGACCACUGACAUGUGUGAAAGAUGGACGUUACCAGAUCUAUGGAAUAGUGAGCUGGGGCGAUCGCUGUGGGGUGAAAAAUAAACCUGGUGUUUAUGUCCGUGUCACCAAGUUCCUUAAAUGGAUUAAAUCCCGAGCCACUUAAGUGCAGCAAUUGAACAUGUGUGAUUGUUGUGGAAUAUAAAAAGAUGCUUGACAUUA